UCUUUAAUAAAUUUUCCUGGAGAGUUUGUCGGCCUGCCCCGGAAACGUUACAUCCCCCUGGGUCGCCAUGGGCAGCAAGAUGGCGGCGGCCACUCAGGUUGUGCAGGUAGUCAAGCCACAUACUCCAUUAAUAAGGUUUCCUGACAGCAAAGGCUACCCCAAACUGAAUGUACCCGAAUCUUUAACAUCAUCUGUACUUCCAUCUCACUCUUCUGCAAUAUCACAACAUUCUUUGGGUGGUAAAUCAUCAGGUUUGCCAAUGAAUCGUGGUCCACCAGAUUCUGCUGAAAUAGUAAAAACAUUACCUCAGAAAUAUAGGAGGAAAUUCAUAUCUCCAGAAGAGAUGGAAUUUAUUCAACGUGGAGGUCCAGAGUAAUCGCUGACAAGCAUAUUAUGAUUAUCAGACAAGAGAGUGGUUAUCUUCACAAUAAAGGCCUUCAAAAAUGACAUGUUAAACUGUAUAUGAAACCAAUUUAAUAUAAGAUGCUGUAUAAAAUGCAGGGUUACAAAUUUAGAUAGCCAUUUAUAUUUCCUAAUUUGUUUAAAUCAGCUUGUAUAUAAAUUAGGCUGAAGAUUUGAGUUAUUAUUUCUUAAAAGUAUAGGAAUUUUUGUAAUUUAGAUAGCAUAUUAACUUUUGAUUUUCAAUUAUCUCUAAUAUUUAAUGUUGCUCAGGUUUAAUUUCCAGUGACCUUAAUUUCCUAUAAUUUUUCAUUGUAAGAAAUGGAAAGUUAGGAGAAGAUACCAGAAGUCUUGAGAUCAGAUGAGAAUCAAUGUUAUACUAUUCUGACGGAUAAAAUUGAGACAGGACAAGUCACUGUUAGUGAGAGUGGGACAAUAAUGAAAAAUGAUGAUGAAUAAUGAAUGAUAAAAUAAUCAGUUACCAAACUUCUGUUUGUCAAAAACCGUGAAAUGACAAACAAAAAAUGAAGUGGAAGUAGGGGGGAUAUGUUUUAAAAGGUUUUUUGUGUGUGUUUUAAGAAAAGAAAAAGUUCCUGCCCUUUUGAGUUUGUUUUGAUCAUGUAUUGUGAGCACAUAUCAAAUUAAAUAUUUAUUUUUUUCCCCAAAAAUAAAUAAAUAAAUAAAUAAAUUUUCCUGAUUUUCAAUAUCAAGAAUGUUAUUUCCAACAGGAGGAAAUUAAGAAAUGACAGACUUUUGAAUGGAUAACAGGAUUUUACAUAUGAUCAUGAAGGUGAUAGUGAGCCAUUUCUAUGUCAUUUCCUCUGUGAAUUCUUCAUCAGUCACCCCAGUUCAGUGCCUCAUAGAAUUUACUGUAUUUCAGAAGGGUUCAGAUUCCUCCUUAGAUAUUUAUUAGUUAUAUGACCCUGUAUGACUCUCUCAGUCUUGGUUUCCUUCAUCAUAAAAUGGGAAUAAUAAUAGCAUCUACUUCCCAGGGUUGUUGUGAGGAUAAUGAGAUAACAUAACAUUUACAGACCUUAAAGCUAUAGAGCUUUAUUUUUAAUCAUUAUUUUUGUUAUUAUUAUUAUAGCUACUUCAUAAGUAGCUAUUGUUGAGUAUCAAAUGAGAUAUAUAAGUUCUUUUUAAGCUCCAAAGUCUUUAAAUACUAACGUUAGAAGUACACUCUUGAUAUUGAAAAUCAGAUAUCCAGGAAAAUUUAUUAAAGAAAAAUCUUAAGGAAUCGUCUUAACAUUCCUGGCCUGAAGUGAGCCCCACUCCUCUUCAGGAAGAGGGAGCAUUAAACACAUAAGUGAGAGAACUUUUAUACUUGCUAAUGUAGUGCAGCCCUUUCCUUCAGAGAAUGAAUUGAUUCAUUUCUUCCAGGUUACAAUCUUUCUGAUAAGGACAUUACAUGUUUUUUUCUUCCCGGGUUAUUUAUACCUUCUGAAUCCAAUUCUCCCUGUGCAACAAGAGAACUGUUCGGUUCUGCAAACAUAUAUUGUAUCUAGGAUAUACUGCAACAUAUCCAACAUAUAUAGGACUGCUUGCCAUCUAGGGGAGGGGGUGGAGGGAGGGAGGGGAAAAAUCGGAACAGAAAUGAGUGCAAGGAAUAAUGUUGUAAAAAAAUUACCCUGGCAUGGAUUCUGUCAAUAUAAAGUAAUUAUUAAAUAAAAAUUAAAAAAAAAAAAAAA